UACGAAUGUGCGGACCAACACCAAAUUCUGAUACACAUCAGGAAGAGACGAAAUCUCGAGUUCACAACUCAUCUUCGACUAUACUACCUAUAUACGUAAAGCCUAAAUCAUGUGAAGAUAAGGAAAUGGAUAAUUUUCUGGUUGAAAGACAUAAUGAACAGAUUAGCAACGAGAUUAGAGAAAGAAAUCAGGAAAAGAAGCUUCAACGAGAAUCGACUAUUAGUUCAGGAAAUGGACAAGCUGAAAUUUCAGAGUUGGAGCAAGAUGAUGA